AUGGGCGUCCGGGACUCUCACGGUGAGGCGACGGGGACGCCCGAUCCCGUCGAGAAGGGGUUCGCUACCCUCAACACCGUCAGGAUCGGUGUGAAGGCGAUGGUGCAGAAGGAUGGCGAGCUUCGCAAAGCUGAAAUUCUGUCCAUUAGACAGCGCAAAGAUGGGCCAUCAUUCUACGUUCACUAUGUCGACUUCAAUAAGCGUCUUGACGAAUGGAUUCACGCUGCUCGUAUUGAUCUAACCCAGGAGGUUGAGUGGCCCCAACCAGAAAAACCAGAGAAGAAAAAGACAGCUGCCGCAAACAAGGCGGCGCCCAGCAAGAAUUCCCAGAAACGCCCUCGUGCAGAUAGCCGUGAGGUUUCGAUGACACCAGAUGCUCUCGGCGGCAAGAACGUAAAUGUUGAUAAGACUCACCGACCAUCAAAGGCUGGUGGCAAAGAGAACGAUGUCCAGACACCCGGUGAUGCAUCUCUAUUCCCAUCAGAGGCGGCCUCCGCCGCUGAUACACCCAAAGCAGCCGAUUCAGAGGAUGUGGAUAUGACAGAUGCCCAGGACCUCAAGGAAGACGAGGUCAAGACAGCGUCCGGGGAGGUAAUCUCCCGUGGAGAAGAGAUCGAACGACUCCGCACCAGCGGUAGUAUGACACAGAACCCGACUGAGAUUCACCGAGUGCGCAACCUGACCCGUCUUCAAAUGGGCAAGUACGACAUCGAGCCCUGGUAUUUCUCGCCUUAUCCAGAUUCCUUCUCAGAUGUAGACCUGGUCUACAUCGACGAGUUCUGUCUCAGCUACUUCGACAACCAGCGUGCCUUCGAGCGCCACCGCGCAAAAUGCACUCUCGUCCACCCGCCCGGUAACGAGAUCUACCGCGACGACAACAUCUCUUUCUUCGAGGUUGACGGUCGUCGGCAACGCACCUGGUGCCGUAACUUGUGUCUUCUUAGCAAACUGUUCCUGGACCACAAGACUCUCUACUAUGAUGUCGAUCCCUUCAUGUUCUACUGCAUGUGCACCCGGGACGAAACGGGUUGUCACCUCGUCGGCUACUUCUCGAAGGAAAAAGACUCUGCCGAGGGCUACAACUUGGCUUGUAUCCUGACACUCCCACAGUAUCAGCGCCGUGGUUUUGGUCGACUCUUGAUCUCCUUCAGCUACGAGCUCAGCAAGCGUGAAAAUAAGCUCGGAUCCCCCGAAAAGCCACUCAGUGAUUUGGGUCUCCUUGGUUAUCGUCAGUACUGGCGUGAGACACUCGUCGAACUCCUGAUAGAGCCAGGUCGUGAGGCAAUGAGUGAGAAUGAGCUUGCAGUUCUUACUGCUAUGACUGAGAAAGAUGUUCACGAGACCUUGGUUGUCUUCAACAUGCUUCGAUACCAUAAAGGAAACUGGGUUAUCGUCCUCACAGACUACGCCGUUGGAGAACACAAUAAGCGCCUCGAAAAAGAAAAGGUCAAGGGUGCUCGGAGGAUUGACCCUGCUCGUCUUCAGUGGAAGCCGCCGGUCUUUAAUGCGGCAAAUCGGACCUGGAACUGGUAA